AAGGAUGACUUUGUCUCCUACUUCCAUCUCCAAUAUCUUACCGCCUGAAUUCAAAUUACUUUCAUAUAAACAAAUAGCUUCCUUGUGGUCUAACUAUGGUCAUAUCUACCGUUUGACCCUAGAUGUCAGUUCUAGUACCACUCCAAAACCGCUCAUCCUCAAAGCCAUCCACCCACCUUCUAAUGACGACGCUUCAGAGUCUCAUCUUCGAAAACUCCUCUCGUACAAGGUUGAACGAUGGUUCUAUCAUCAUCUAGCUCCUCGUCUACGUCUUUCGCAGAUCAAAGUAUCGAAAGUGUAUCUCACUAGGCAACAGCUCGAUAGUAAAAACGAGGAUGACGGAAACCUCUUUCUCGAGGAUCUGUCAACUGAGUUUCCAUUCCCUGCAGAUGGCAGCUUGGGAAAACAACCUACGUUGAGCAUUUUAGACUGGUUGGCUGGAUUCCAUGGGACCUUCUUCACAGUUCAUGGUCGAGAAGCUUUAGAGCUCGUGCCCCCUCCGAAAGAAUUCGAGCAUGCAAGUACAUCAGUGAAAGGAGUAUGGCGGAGGGGUACAUACUGGUAUCUGGACACCCGAAGAGAGGAACUCUCUGAGAUGAACGAAGAAGAAUAUAGUUGGUUGAUGCCUUGGAUUGCGAAGGUCAACAACGCCAUCGACAAGGAGAUUCUAACAUAUGGGACAUUGCUUCACGGCGACGUGAAGGGUGCGAAUAUACUUUUGAACAGGAACCCUUACGACUCGUCCCGCCAUAGCCCUGCGAGAUCGAGGUCCCACAUUGCACCCGUCUCUGAGGACUUACCUCUCAGAGCUGCUCUCUACGACUUCCAGUAUGUCGGCAUUGGUCUAUCUACCCUCGACCUGGUUUACUUCAUAGGGACUUCCAUUCAAUCAUCCUUACUGUCAAGUUCAUCGGAGAUGAAUUUGCUUCGGCACUAUCACUCGGCCCUCCUGACAGUAAUUCGAGAUCAGACAAAGGCGGAGACAAACACUAGUCCUUAUCCGUUUGACGUCUUUUUGAAACAUUGGGAGCUCGCGAUUGUUGACUGGUAUCGUUUCAUGGCAGGGUGGGGAUUCUGGGGGAACGAUCGGUGGGCUGAACAAAGGGCCAAGGAGAUUGUCAAGGAAUGGGGAGCCGAUCCUACUACAGCUCCUGCAUAAAUGACAUUUGAGGGAUAGAAGUUUUCGGUACACAUUAUUUUGUGUAUGUACAUGUCGCAGAUUGCAUAUACCCGGAGUGCCGAUGCAAGUGAGAUGAUAGACGUAGAGCGGGUGUUUACAUAGUGUGAAGUGCAGCUGGUGCUGCUGGUGUGGAAUACAGAAGUGUCCGGUC